AUGAACCAUAAGCCCACUUCGACAACCGGCUGUGCCGUGUGUGGCGAACGUCAUCACGGUCUACAUUUUGGUGUUCUGGCUUGUCGUGCUUGUUCUUCAUUUUGGCGACGAUCUUUGGUCGAACGAAAAUCUUAUAAAUGUCGCAAUCGAGGGAAUUGUGACGUUUCCAAAGCUGAGUUAAGAAACACAUGUAGAGCGUGCCGAUUGGAACGAUGUAGAUUUGUGGGUAUGAAAGGUGAAGUGCCUUGUGCUGAUAUUCACGAGAGCUCGGCUUCUUGUUCACCUAAACAAAAUGGCUGUAUAGUGGAUUAUAAUGCUAACGUUAAGGCACCAAGUAUUCAGAUGCCCAUGCUUGAAGUGAGGUUUUAAUUAAAAUAUAUUUUACCUUUGGAUUAAAUUGAUUCACCUUAUUAUAUCCGCUCAGUUUCUUAGUCCAGAGCCCUUAGACCUCCCUAGCCCAGAGCUCUAACUGAGAGCCCUAGUCCAGAGUCCUAGUCCAGAGUCCUAGCCCAGAGCCCUAGCCCAGAGGCCUAGCCCAGAGCCCUAGCCCAGAGCCCUAGCCCAGAGCCCUAGCCCAGAGUCCUAGCCCAAAGCCCUAGCUUAGAGCCCUAGCCCAGAGCCCUAGCCCAGAGCUCUAGCUGAGAGCCCUAGUCCAGAGUCCUAGCCCAGAGCCCUAGCCCAGAGGCCUAGCCCAGAGCCCUAGCCCAGAGCCCUAGCCCAGAGUCCUAGCCCAAAGCCCUAGCUUAGAGCCCUAGCCCAGAGCCCUAGCCCAGAGCUCUAGCUGAGAGCCCUAGUCCAGAGUCCUAGCCCAGAGCCCUAGCCCAGAGCCCUAGCCCAGAGCCCUAGCCCAGAGCCCUAGCCCAGAGCUCCAGCCCAGAGCCCUAGCCUAGAGCCCUAGCCCAGAGUCCUAGCCCAGAGUCCUAGCCUAGAGCCCUAGUCUAGAGUUUUAGUAUAGAGUCCUAGCUUAGAGUUCUAGCCCAGAACCCUAACCCUUGCUCUAGUCUUAUAACAAGCCUACCCAGCCUAGCUUAGCUUUUGUCUUAGCUUUUCUUUCACUAUAUAAUUAUAUAUAGUUAGCCCGAUCUUUAGCCAGUCCUACACAUGACUUACCUUUUUACAUCCUAUUUUACAAUCUCUUUCUUUAUUACACUCUAUUCUAUCUUACCCGACCCAUUCACUCUAAGUUACCCUAUUGUGUCUUAAUUUCUAUUGUUCUGUUUUGUAUUACACUCUACUGUACUUUUUCUCAUCUUACCUCACCUUGCUUACCUUCCUUUGUUAUAAGAUAUCACAUAAAAAUUUUGGUGCUUUACGUUACUCUACUUAUGUGCUAUACACUAUUCUACUCAUAUGCUUUACUAAUUUUAAAAAAAUAACUUUUUAGCUAACAAACAAUGCGACACGACUACUAGAUAUGUCCGUAACGCACUACCGUAACUUUUGCAGCGCCGAACGAUCAUUAUAUAUUGUGGAGAACCCGGAAGACUUGUUCAGUACUCUUGACGUAAGGUUUAUGACUUUUGUUACUAUAAUUUGUAUUUUACAGCUUAUAUGCAUCUGUUACUUUAUAGUACUGUAUUUUUAACUAAAUUUUUUACUCUGUUGUAAUUUUAUAAACCUAAGACAUAUCUUACAGUAAUUUUUUAAAGUGUAAGUCUUAUUGAAGGAUAAAUCUUAUCGUACUAUAUUUUUUAAACGUUCUUUCUACAGGACUUCAAAUUCAAGCCAGUGACCCGCCCAGAGCAUCUUCGAAUGGAAAAAGGUACAGUAUCUUUAGUUCACUCUCUUCUUCUCGACACAGCACCAAUCUACCGCACCCUCAACAAAGACAUCAAGGCUCAAGUACUGAAGAUAUUCAUGUCAGAGUUCCUAUGUCUACAUCGAUCGUAUGUAUCAUCGAAGGCGUCGAAACGACUACAAUCGACCAAACUGAUCAUGCACUAUGGCUACUAUUGUGACCAAGACGUGGUUAGAGUGUUCUUCGAAGACUCUGAGAACGCCGAAGAACAUCUGAGGUUUGCUAGGCCUAUUGUGCACAACUUAAUGUUCACGUCGGACAUGAUUGGCAGUGUUCAGUUGACUGAAAUUGAACUUAUGGCUAUGGCUUACAUCAUGUUUUGUAAUUGUAGUAAGUUUAAAGCUUAAUUUACUGUACUGUAGCUUUAUCGUAUCCUACAAUACUCUUUCUUUGACCUACCUUGCCCUACUCUACCUAAACAUAGAUAACGGGUCAAGCCAGGUCAUACGUUACCUUACUUUACCUCAAUUUACAUUACUUUAACCUUUGAAAAACAAUUUUUAGUAAACGACCUAAACUUGGUGAUGCCAGAAGUUCAAACAACAUGUGACGCCUUGAACACAGAGUUAGUCUACUACGUUGCUAACAUGUACGGUGUAGCUAACAUUGGUCAGAGAAUCGGAAAGAUUCAUCAACUUGUUCAUCAUAUAUCUGUAAGUUUAUAUUGUUGUAGGGUGGGUGAAGUAAUUUUAAAGCUGAGUAUGAUACAGUAUGGUACUGUACUAUACUCUUUGUCUUUACCAGCCCCUUUGUCAGGGUUGGUGAAGACAAAGUAGGGUAGGAUUUGGUAAGACAAGGUAAGGUAGGUUGAGGAACGGUGGAGUAGGGUGGCUAGGGUAAGGUGAUAUAGAGUAUAGAAGAUUACGGUAAGGUAAGGAAGGGUAAGCUCAGGUAGGGUAGGUUAGUGUAGUGUAUGCUUUCGUUUAAAAAAUGAGGUUUAAUACCUAUCUCUCUUUCAGAAUCGGGGCACAGAACUUCGUGAAUCGAUGGUUUUGGCUCGAGUCUUCUUCCCUGAUGCCAGCUCUGAAUGCUGGGAGCAAUUGCCGGUAUUCGAAGAGGUUAGUAUACCUACUGGGGCUUCUUACUGCUCGGUAUCUUCUGUUUAUACAUCGUAA